AUGGUCCUCAUGGAUGUCAGAUAUGUGACUGAAAUUUUAAGAGGAAUAAAAACAUUAGCUUUUGUUAUGAUUGCAUUAAAGACGAGAUUAGCUCAUCAAGAAGCAACAGUGGAGCAAUUGCACAAAUUGCGACGAGAGAUGGAAGAAGUAUUCGACAAAGAAAAACAUAUACUUGAAGGACAGAUAGAACAAGAUAAACAAAUAAUUAAUCAGUUAGAAUUGAGAGUUGAUAUCGGCAGGCGAGGUUUGCUUGAGGCUCGUGAAGCACAAGCAAAAGCCGAAAAAGACUUAUUUCAGAUGAAGUCGACAUUGGAGCACGAAAUUGCUUCAUUGCAAGAAGAGAACUCAGAUCUAAUGAGAGAAUUGAGAGAAAUGAGUGAAAGAGAAUCACCGUUUUCUCCAGAGAAUAGAAACGACGAGAAUUCUGACGAUAAAUUGAAAUUAGAAGUAACUGAGUCAAGAAUUGCUCAACUCGAAGAAAAACUCAAAGAAUCGAGAAUUUGUCAGCAACAAUUUGAGCUUCAAAGCGUUGAGAUACAGAAUUUAAAGAAUAAAAUUGAAAGAUGUGAGUCGGAAAGAGCUCUCUGGGAGGAAGGCAAACAUUUAGUGGGCAGAGCUUCCAGAGCCAACGACCUGGAAAAAGAAUUGAACUUUGCGAAAGAAACUAUUGCGGCUUUGAGAGAUUCUGUUAAAGGCAAAUUACUUUUGGAAGAACAGAUUUCUACUUUGACACAACGCUUGGAACGCACAGAAAAAGUGGAAGAAAUGGUAUUAAAGUUGCAAGUACAGCGUGCAGAGUUAUCUGAUCGUCUCUCUGAAUACGAGUCCAUCGGAUUUUCUGGUGGACCUACAGCCUUAAAACGGGAACUUAAUCGUCUGCAGCAGUCUGAGACGGUAUUAACCUCUGAGGAAGGCCAACUGCGAUCAGAAAUUGAGGCUUCUCAAAGGAAGUGUCAGAGUCUGCAAAAGAAAUUGGAGGAAAGCAAAAAGCAGUUGGCAGUCAAGACAAAUGAAUUUGAAAGACACACUAAGAAACUAAGUAGGAUGCAAAAAAAAAUGUUGCUCGUAAUUAGAGAGAGGGAUAGCUACAGACAACAACUUGACUUAUACGAGAAGGAAAGUACGAUCGCAGAUUCUAACAAUGUAAUGGCUGAAAGAAUCCCUGCUCUGGAACGUGCACUUGAGGGUUAUAGGGAAUUGGUAGGGAAACUAGAAUCUGAUUUGGAAGUCAUUCAUAGUGAAAAACACAAUAAAGAUUAUAAAAAGCUACAAGCCGAAGUUGAAAAGCUAAAGGGUGAACUGGAGCACCGAGCCUUAAAAGGCGACUUUAAUUGUAACUCGCGAGUUUUGCACUUUCGAAUGAAUCCAAAAGCCAUUGCUGAACAACAGGCAGAAGAAAAACAGAAAUCUCUUCUGCGCGAAGUCGAAGAAUUACGUGCGAAAUUCGCAUGUGGGAAUUCAGGAAACGUCGGGAUGUCUUCUCUUCAUGUCCAAGAAAUCACUGAGUUAAAACAAACGCAUGACAUCAAAAUCGCACGUUUAAAGGAUGCAUUUAAAGCCUCAUCACAAGAAUUUCGUCAGGCCUGUUACCAACUUUUUGCGUGGAGAGUCGACCGAACAAAAGAAGGAAUGUAUAAAUUAUCAAGUCAGUAUGCUGAAUCGCCGAACGACUUUUUAUUUUUCCAGAUUGACAACAGCGGCGUGAAUCUUUUGGAGACAGCAUACUCUACAAGUUUGUCUAAUCUAAUUGAGCGAUACUUGAAAAUUCAACACAGUGUACCAAUGUUCCUUAAUGCUUUGCAAUCAGAACUAUUUGAACAACAAACUGUUUCAGAUCUUUACACAGAUCUUUAAUAUAAUAAGGUCAAGUAGAUAAAAGCCUACAUGUUUAUGACAAAAAUCGUUUAACUGUAUUGUCUUCUCAUUAAUGAAAAAUGAAUGAAGAGAUCGGGGUUGAUUGUCGCAAUUAUUUUCAGAUGUGAAUUUUGUGAUAAAUAUAUGAAGUAACAAUAGGUAUAUUAUAAGUAGAAAGGCAUAUAUAAUAAUGAAACUAGAAUAUCGGUGAUAAUCGGUUGAAACAAAAAGUGGUACAACAAUACUUUUUUUUCCUUGGACAAGAUACUUAUUAAAAAAAUGGGAAUGUUA